ACCAUACCAUUGUAUAUGCCAGCUAUCGAUAUGAUAGGUUACCACAAUUUGUUGCCACACCCACUUAAAAUAUUAAACAACGGACACACAGUAUCAAUUACCAUACCCAAGCUGAAUGCGACCGAACUGAAAAACGGUGAAUUUAUGCCUUAUGUGCGCGGUGGAAAGCUGCCGGGUGAAUUCGAGGUGGAAGGCAUACACUUCCAUUGGGGCGAUAAGAACAAUCGAGGCGCUGAGCAUGUUGUCAACGAUAUUCGUUAUACAAUGGAAAUGCACAUUGUACACCGAAACAAGAAAUAUGCCACAUUGGCUGAGGCAUUAGAUUAUGCAGAUGGUGCAGCUGUGCUGGGAUUCUUUUUCAAUUUAGAUGAAGAUGAAGGUCCUGGUUUAACAACAAUAUGCCAUCAUUUACAUUUGAUACCGGAUGCAAGUAAUGAGAUCAAUUUAAAUGUGACCUUCUCACUUUCUUCAUUGAUAAACACCGUUGAUGUGGACAAGUUUUACACAUAUAAAGGUUCUCUAACAACACCUCCAUGUUCAGAAGCAGUAACAUGGGUACUAUAUCCUGAUCCAAUACCAAUAUCUCCAAAACAAAUUUCACGUUUCCGUCAACUAUUGGAUACUCAAGAUGGUGCACUUGUUGAUAACUACCGUCAUUUACAGCCACUUGGUAAUCGUCUCGUUUUCAUGCGGAUUGGCAACAAUCGUCACACGAAUGUAGACCAUUUAAGUAAUCAAAUUGACUAUAGGAAAUGGGAUUGGUUUCAUUGAUUCUUCAUUUCAAUAGAGUUUCCAUUAUAUUUUAUACCGGAAAGUUAGAUGCUGUUUUUUUUUUAUU